CACGCGCCCACCACCACCACUAUGUCCUCCCGCCAAUGGAUCAAGGGCACCACCGUCCGCAAGGGCGGCGCCGCGACGAGCUCGCACCCGUCCCGUCACUUGACGCCGACCGUACAAAGUACAUCGUCCACCGUGUUUGGUGGCGGCGUGAAGGACCCGUCGGGGCGGACGAGCGAAUAUUCGUCAGAAAAUGACCAGUGUCCGGUAUGCAAGACGGACAGAUAUCUGAACCCAAAGUUGCGGCUGUUGGUCAGCUCGCAAUGCUAUGACAAGAUGUGCGAGUCGUGCAUUGACCGUUUGUUCACCCUGGGGCCUGCAGCCUGCCCUACUUGCGGCUUGACGACCCGAAAACUCCAGUUUAUACCACAGACAUUCGAAGACUUGGGAGUCGAAAAGGAGGUCGCUGUUCGCCGAAGAAUAGCCAGAGAGUUCAACAAACGGCGGGAAGAUUUCGUCGACUUGCGCGCCUACAACGACUACCUCGAAGAAGUUGAAGACAUCGCCUUCAACCUGAUCCACGACAUCGACCGCGAAGCGACCGAAGCGCGCAUCAAAGCCUACCACGCCGAAAACCAAGCGCUCAUCGAGCUCAACGAGCAGCGCGAAAAAGCCUACGCCGACGCCCUCAAAGAACAAGAAGAAUUCGAGCGCCGCGACCGCGAGGCGCGCGCCUCCGAGCUCCGACGUGAGGAGGAAGAAGAGCGCCAGGAGCGCGAGCGCGACAAGCGCGCCCUCAUCGACAAACUGGAGGCCUCGGACAAGGACGCCAUCGAGCUCGUCGCGCGGCAGAAGCGCGAGGCGGCGAAGCGGCAGUCCGCGCGGACGGCGUCGAACAACACGAUCACGAUGCAGAGCAUCAAUGCAAGGUUGCUGAGGAAUCGGGCGGCGCAGCAUACGACAGUGAAGGAGAUGAAGCAUGUGCCGUUGUUGGAUGAUUGGUAUGGGUAUGAGGAUAUGUUUGCGCUGAAGAAAGGGGAUUACGACGAUGUUGUGAGCGAGGCGGUGAGGAGGGACAGGGAGGGCAUCAUGCGCGGGGGAGGCUACAGGAUCGAGGAAGCUUGGGAGAGGGCUAUCCGGACUGCGGUCGCCUCAUUGGACCUUCCACCUCUGUCGGGUCUGGGCGAGGACAACAAGUCCGGCGACGUAGCUAUGGCUGGCGCGUAAAGGCAUACUCACCUCCAAUAUACCACUGAGGAACUCACAAUUCGUCUGCCAUCUUAC